AUGGCAAAUGUAAAGGGCGAGGAUGACUUGAAGAAGGCAUCGCAGAAGGCACUAGAUGCUGCAGCGCGACGCAGGCAGCUGGCAGCUUCGGUUGCAAGCGUGGCUGCAAACCCCGACGGUGGCAUGGUGGAUGCAACUAACAAAAGAAGCCGCCCGCCCAAGACCCCCAGCACUGUGAACACCGAGACGCCCUCCUGCAAGACACCAGCCCCGAAGCAUGCCAAAAACCUGGAAAGUGUAGGAGACACGCCUGCAGAAACUCCGACCCCGAGCAAGCAACUCUUCGCAACCCCUGGGCAAACUCCGGACCCGAACAAGCAGCUCUUCGCGACUCCAUCGAAGAUGCCGGCGAAGGGCGGCUCCAGCGUGGACUCUCUCGAGAUACCGACCCCGGAUGUUGCGAGGCAGAUGCACAAUGAUGUGAUGGACUCAUGUCCCGACACACAAGUGGACUUGGACGUGCAGAUUGAUCACGAUCUCGCGAAGCUUAGCUUGGAGACCGCCGACGCCCCGCAGCACUCCAGCAACCUCGGCUCGGGGAAGCCAUCGUCUGUUGCUGAUGAUGCAGCACAUGCACUCACGACACUGUGUGAUGUGCUUCAGCAAAGCCCCAGUGAGAUUCAGAAAGCUUUGCUACGCCCCGGAACUGUCGAGUUCGAGGCAAUUGCUGCUGCAGUCAAGACUGCCAAGCUUCAGGAAGCCCAAGCACAGCAGGAGCUCGCAGCAAAGCAGGUACCGGCUACUCAGGCCAUGGACAGCUAUCUAGAUGAUCUGUAUGGCAACAGCCAUCGCUGUGACUCGAGGUCCCCUCCUGGAAUGCGCCCGAAUGCUGAGCCCAAGCCGACAGAAGCCUCGAACCAAGCACCACAGCAGAAGCCCAAGCCGGCAGAAGCCUCGGACCAAGCACCGCAGCAGAACAAGCCAGCAGAAGCCUCGGACCAAGCACCGCAGCAGAAGCCCAAGCCGGCAGAAGCCUCGGACCAAGCACCGCAGCAGAAGCCGAUCACAGAAGCCUCAAUUCCUAUGGAUGUCGAUGCCCCAUUCCUCUCCAAGCAGGUGGUCAAUGCUUUGGUGCAUGUCGAGCCAGAUCAGGGGAAUGCCGAGAAAGCACUGGAGCAAAAGCCGAAUACCGAGCCCCAGCAGUCGAUGCCUCCACCUUCCACUGUCCCUGUGAAGGCUACGCAAGCCACUCCUUCGAACCCACCUAGCAGUGCUCCCUCAACCCCUGGCCCGAGUGAUGUUGAAGAUGAUCCUGAGCUAUCGGCUCUUGCGGAUGUCAUGCACCAGAUGAAGGAAGCCGCCCGAAAGACGCGGAUGCGAUUCUUGCGGUCUUUCGAAA